AAGAAAGGGUAGGCGGGGAAGAUGAAAGAGAGUCGAGCGGAGGGACUGGAGGUACUUGGCACGAGUUUGCGCGAGGAAGCCGCCUGGAAAGGACCGUUGCAGCGGGGCUGAAGCAAAAGGACCUUGUCUUGGGGGGAGCUCAGGGGCGGCGCGGGGCGCGGGAGGCGACGCGGCUGCAAAGCGCCUCGUGCAGCAAGAGCCGCAAAUUGGCUGCUGAAGUGACGCCUCAGUCCGGGGAGCUCUGCGAAGAGCAGCCGACAUAGAGAGGGAAAAGCGAAGAGUUUGUAGAACAAAGAGUCGUUCGCCUGCGUGGGCGGAAAAAAGAGGAAACCAGCGCGUCCCGCAACAUGCGAGCCCAGCUGGAGCCUUGCAAACGGUCAGGCCGGAGCUCUUUGCAGCGACGUCAGCCGCAGCUGAGGUAACGCGGGACAUGCGGCUUCUGCGGCCAGAGAAGCGACUGGCUGAGCCCACGAGGUGGGGGACAUUUGGAAGGGAACGGGGGGAGAUUUUGGCUUUUCAAAAAACUCCUCCCGUUUGGGGCGGAGGAGGAGGAGGCGACAGCGGCUGUGGCAACAUCGCCAAGAGGAUCCCGGGUGCAUGGAGCCGUCGGAUACUGUAACAGGGAGGUCUGCGAAGGGGAGGACUCUUUCCCGCGACGCAAAAAGAAGCGGUUUUUUCGCCGCUGGAAGGGAAAGGAGCGGCUUUGGGGAUCCACGCGCCUCGUUCUCUGGAGUUGUUUCACGGAACUCGCCAGCGCGUGAGGUUCAAGCGAGACGGCGGCGGGAAGGGGAGACACCCAAUUGCUGAAAGGAUUAUCGAAAAGGGGACAGCCAGCGACAGAAAACGACUCCCGCACCCCUUCCUCUCUGCUCUAUUUCACAUCUCUGAUCCCCCUCCUCUUUUUCCCCAGAGUUCAGCAUCAGUGGCCUGGCCACCAGCAAGGGCUGGUAAAUUAAAACGUGACCAGCAAACUGGGCGAGAGAUCAGAGGGAGCGUGGAAACGCGAGCUGGGGGGGGGGAGGAGGGUGGCGUGCGUGAGAGCGAGCGAGAGCGUGUGUCAUUCCCUCUCCUAAUCUUUUCUGUCGCGCUCACCCUUGAUCUGCUCUGCUCUGGACAUUUCCAAAGACACGGGAUUGAAGCAGAAGGCUGACAAGAGGAUUGCGACUUUUCAUCCCUAUUCUGUCUCUCUCCUCAAGAGUUUGAUUUUUGUAAAAGCUAGCAAGUUUGGGUAUUAGUGUGCGCUGCCUGCCUUGUGUGUGGAAAGGAGGUUUCGGUGGAGUGGAAGGAAGCGAUGUCUAAGAUCAGAAGGAAGGCUAUGCUUAUUCUUAGCUUUGUGCUUCUGACGACUUUUCUUGAUGUGGUGAAAGGGCUGCCCUUGAGGAAACAGCGCAACCACAGUCCGAAGGAAAGGAACUAUAAAUUGGUGGAGAUCGCUACUUCAGCUGACAUUGCUUCAGUCAAAGAAGAGGAGAUGUCACAGUCUAGCAAAGUCCGGAACCUGAGGCAAAACGGACGGGCCAUGCCACGCCGGCAGAAACGCCGUUGGCCAUUGCAACAUGCUGCAAGGAACCAGUUGGCAUCGCUCCAGCCUGGUGGCAUGAUCCAGGAAGACAGUACACCCUUUGUGCUGGACUUGCAGAACCUGCCAGGCUUAGCCAACGUGGACUUGAGUGCCCCAAAUCCAAACAUACAGGUGACCAUAGAGGUGGUGGAUGAUCCUCAGGCUGAGAUGGAGAUGGACCUGCUGAAGGAGACUAGCAAUGACUGGUCUCUGACCUCCUCUGAGUGGCUAUCCCAUAAAGACCUUUUCUGGCCACUUUUCUGGGAGUAUACAGACCCCAUGGAGGAAGGAGAUGAAGGAGAUCACUUGGACAUGAGGAGCAGGGUGGAAGAAGACGAUGACGAAGAGGAAGACUAUACUUCAGAGUACGAUGAGGAAGAAACAGUGCUGAGUGGAGUGGGAGAUGACUGGGACCAGCGAUGGCCCAAUCAGAAGAAGAACUGGAUUUUCAAAGAGAAAUAUAAUUAUGGUCAGUCUCCUUUUCCUUUGCUUGACUAUGGAGAUGAAGAGGAGUGGAGCCCUUGGUCUCCCUGCAGUGCCACCUGUGGCAGCGGCAACCAGAAGAGAACCCGAUCUUGUGGUUAUGCGUGCACUGCCACUGAGUCGAGAACCUGUGACCUCCACCGCUGCCCUGGAGCAGGUGAGGAGUUGGCUCUUGCCACUGAAGAGACACCCUUUGAAGCUGAGAAUUCUACAGAGAUCUUAAACUCAGAUGUGGACAGCUGUGAAAAAUGGCUAAACUGCAAGAGCGACUUUCUCAACAAAUACCUAAGCAAAGUGCUCUCGGACCUGCCCAGCUGCCCCUGCUCCUAUCCGCUGGAAGCCGUUUACAGUGCUGUCAACAUGCAAGACAAACAGCAGGGCAAGAGCUUCCGUUGGCGGGAUGCCAGCGGGCCCAAGGAGCGGCUGGACAUCUACAAGCCCACGGCCCGCUUCUGCCUGCGUUCCAUGCUUUCCUUGGACAGCACCACCCUGGCUGCGCAGCACUGCUGCUACGAUGAGAACACCAAGUUGAUUACGCGAGGCAAGGGGGCUGGGGCCCCCAACCUCAUCAGCACCGAGUUCUCCCCUGAGUUGCACUACAAGGUGGAUAUGUUGCCUUGGAUCCUCUGCAAGGGGGACUGGAGCAGAUACCAUGCUGUGCGGCCUCCCAAUAAUGGGCAGCGGUGUGCCGACAACCCUCCAGAGGACGAAUUCCAAUCUCAGCUACAGGAGGCCAGGGAGUAUUAACAUGCGAGGGGGGACCCAAGGCCAUGGACAGCAUGACAUUUUUGGUCUCCCACACAACAUACUAGAGAACAUAACCAGGAUCUCUUUCCUUCUCUCUCU